GCACGAGUUGCCUUCCAUCAGUUAUGAAAGCUUAGUAUUGGACGCUUUUAGUGCGUUUGAUUGGAAUUCAGGAUAUAAAGCGGUCUCCAUACCUGCAUCAACUGGGCCUGGGUAGACCAGCCACAAUACAUUAGCAUAGGCUGAACAACUUUUACAAAAGACGACAAGGCGACUACAUUAAUUCUAGCUAUUCUUUUAUCUAUAUCUGCCAGUAAACAUACUAUACUACAAAUUCAGUAUGGACAAGUUUUAUCAAACUAAAGCGAGGGUCGUCGAAAAUUGCCGGUCUACAUACAAGCAGGUCUCAAAAUGUUGCUUCCGCCAGCGUACUAUGCCGGUGCAUCCUGGUUUGUGUCGCACAAUGUUUACGACAUGCAGCGGCACAAUGCAGGCGCUGAUACAGGCCAGCCACCGAAGUGCAGAUACACUGUAACACCAAGUCCAAGUACGGAUUUGGCGAGCGGCAGAGAGACGCUGGAGUGAAGUUGACUGUCGAAAGAGGGGCUAGCCGUUCCGCUAGUAGCGGUGCCGUGUGGGUAGCUACUGUAAAUGUUUGCUUUUCUUCUUCUUUUCUCAUUGACCAAGGUGCUUCAAUCGACAAAAGCGGGCAGAUCUGCCGUCAACGCCUGCCGCACUGAGACAUGCGACAGCCGAAUGAAUAUAAAUCCGCAAGAGCUGCCGUCAAUUUCCGUCUCUUUUCUUUUUUUACAAUUAGCGAACUCUUCAUCGAUAUAUCCAUCCAUUUUAUUACGUUGACUAAAGUUGACAACUCGAGCACCAUGCAGUACUCUGUUCUAACUCCUAUUCUUCUCCUCGCAUCUGCCCAACUUGGCGUUGCUCAAAACGCCAGAGCUGCCACCUUUAUCUCUACGCGAGGCACAUUCGACGUGGUUGGAGGUGUGUGCACAAACUUUAGGCCAACACAGCCCAUCUAUGUUAGUAUGGACGUAAAGGAGACAUACACUUGCGCUCUUUUCGACAACCGCAAGUGUGAAGGCGCUGGCACCGGCUUUUUGGAGGGCCUCCACGAGAUUGAGGAGCUCACGUUCAAAUCCGUGGCAUGCUUUCUUGCGUCGGUCUAGGUAAUAUGUGCUUUCUUUGACGUCGGAACUUUCGUAGCGAGUGGUGAGCCGACAUAAAAGACAGAAAUAGUACAGAUAUAUAUUAUAGGUGCUUGUGCCCUGGUACAUACAACCAUAGAUACAGGAGAACUCGAGAUCCCCACAACGG